ACAAAUUCGGCUGUCAUAUGACUGUGGUUUCAUUUUUGUCAUGGCUGCUCUGUGCAUCAGUUUUCUGUUCCAGCUCUUUUUCUGUCUGGUGUUUUCUUUACCCACAGGUCGAAACUCCAUUUGCGGUUAUAAGUCAUGUCCAGCCACAAAUCCUUCCAUGCUGAACGUCCAUCUGGUUCCUCACACACAUGAUGAUGUUGGCUGGCUCAAGACUGUGGAUCAGUACUUCUAUGGAGACAGAAACAACAUCCAGCAUGCAGGAGUUCAAUAUAUUUUGGACUCUGUAAUAGACCAGCUACAGAAGGAUCCAGCCCGACGGUUCAUCUAUGUGGAGACGGCCUUCUUUUACCGCUGGUGGAAGCAACAGAGCCAGAGCACACAGCGAAUUGUUACACAGCUGGUCAAUGAGGGUCGUCUUGAGUUCAUAAAUGGUGGCUGGUGCAUGAGUGACGAGGCCACAACACACUACAGUGCUGUCAUUGAUCAGAUGACUCUGGGGCUGCGAUUCCUAAAUGACACCUUUGGUGAGUGUGGGCGUCCCCGGGUGGCCUGGCACAUCGACCCGUUUGGACACGCCCGAGAACACGCCUCCAUCUUCGCACAGAUGGGCUACGAUGGUUUCUUCUUUGGCCGUUUGGACUAUCAAGACAAAGCUCGCAGGAUGAAAACUAAAGAGAUGGAAAUGCUCUGGAGGGCCAGUGAAAGCCUGACGCCUCCUGUGGCUGAUCUUUUCACUGGUGUUCUCCCCAACGGGUAUAACCCACCUGAGGGCUUCUGCUGGGACCAGUCAUGUGAUGAUGCUCCCAUAAGGGACGACCCAGAUCUGGAGGACUACAAUGUGGAUGAGAUAGUACAGUUGUUUGUGAAUACUUCCUAUAAACAGGCUGCCUUUUAUAAGACAAACCACAUCAUUAUGACCAUGGGUUCAGACUUCCAGUAUGAGAACGCCAAUCUCUGGUACAAGAACAUGGAUAAGCUAAUCAAGUAUGUAAAUGCCCUGCAAGCUAAAGGAAGCAAGGUGAAUGUGCUUUACUCAACACCGUCCUGCUACCUACAAGAACUCAACCUAGCCAACUUCACCUGGCCUCUGAAGACAGAUGAUUUUUUCCCCUAUGCUGAUGCUGCUCAUGAUUUCUGGACUGGAUAUUUCACCAGCCGACCUGCGCUGAAGUUAUAUGAGAGACUGAGCAACAGCCGACUACAGACAUGCAACCAGUUGGAGGUGCUUGGUGGGCCCAAAUCCACAUCGGGACCCUUUGGUGAAGGGGACAGUGAUACUAUGAAGAGAGCAAUGGGUGUAGCCCAACAUCACGACGCUGUGUCUGGGACAGAGAAACAGCAUGUGGCAUACGACUACGCCAGGAGACUGGCUACAGGCUGGGCACAUUGUGAGAUUUUGGUUCGUAAUUCCCUGGCUGUUCUCAGUGGUUCUGAAGCUCCUCGUGUGUUUUGUGAGAAUCUCAACAUCAGUGUGUGUCCCCUCACAGAAAGCAGCCAUAAGUUCUCUAUGAACGUGUACAAUCCUCUGGGCAGGACUGUAAGCUGGCCUGUUCGUUUGCCUGUCAAUGGUUCAGCGUACAAUGUUACUGAUUCAACUGGGAAAACAGUGGAAAGUCAGGUGGUUCCACUGUCUAAGUCCACAAAGGAAGUGAGGCGGAACAGGGGUUAUGCUAAAGGUGAGCUGGUUUUCCAGGUUGAAGCUCCUCCUCUUGGCUACAGCACGUACAUUAUUUCUAUGCAUAAGGAUGAGCCUCAAGCGUCCAGCGCCAAACCCACAGCCACUCGCUCCAUUCAGAACAAGUUCUUGAAGGUGACCUUUGACGACACCACAGGACUGCUGAGCAGCCUGACAAACCUGGAAACAAACCAAACCAUUCGACUCACUCAGAACUUCUACUGGUAUAAUGCAAGUGUUGGGAAUACAGAGAGCCCGCAGACAUCAGGAGCUUACAUCUUCAGACCAAAUUCAUCAGACCCCUUAGUCAUUAACAAGACUGCUGAAAUACAGAUAGUUACAUUGUCCAACACAGUUCAAGAGGUGACGCAGUGGUUCAGUCCGUGGGUGUCUCAGGUUGUUCGUUUGUAUGAGGGCCGUAAGGAACUGGAACUGGAGUGGACUGUGGGACCCGUGCCUGUUGCAGAUGGUUUAGGGAAAGAAGUAAUCACUCGUUUGGAAACCGACAUCAAGUCCUCUGACUAUUUCUACACUGAUUCCAAUGGCAGAGAAGUUCUAGAGCGACGGAAAGAUUAUCGGCCCACGUGGGAUUUGAAGCAGACAGAGCCAGUCGCCGGAAACUACUAUCCAAUCAAUUCUCGUGCUUACAUCAAGGAUGACAAGCAUCAACUGACAGUGGUGACCGAUCGCUCUCAAGGGGCCAGUAGCCUGUAUAACGGCUCGUUGGAAAUCAUGCUGCACAGGAGACUGCUGCAUGAUGAUUUUAGGGGAGUGGGAGAGCCUCUCUCUGAGCCGGGAGAGUUUUCUGAUGGUUUAGUUGUCCGAGGGCAUCUGCUGCUGACCCUCACUCCACCAGACACGGCCGCAGAUGUCCACAGACCCCUCGCACAGGGUAUGGUGCUCCAACCCCUGCUCUCCUUCCAGGACGGCACACCCUCUGCCAACACUAAACUGCAGUUCUCUGGGCUUCAGGCUGAUCUGCCCCCUGCUGUUCACCUGUUGACACUGUCUCAGUGGGAUAAAGAUUUGGUUCUGGUUAGGCUGGAACAUCAGUACGAGGCAAAAGAGAGCAAAACCUACUCGCAGCCCGUUACAGUGAACUUGCAGAAGCUGUUUUCUACUCUUAAGGUGCUUGGAGCAUCUGAGAUGAGUCUAGGGGCAAAUCAGUGGAAAGAGGACAUGAACCGCCUGCAGUGGAACCCAGAAAAGACAUCCAAGCCCCUUCCUCUCAGUGCCAAAGACCCCUCGCCAGGGGAAGUGACACUAAACCCAAUGGAGAUCCGCACCUUCUUGUUGCGGGUCCAACAGCUGUAGAACUAAAAAUCUACAGAUUGCUAUACGAGCCAAUCAGAGUGUAGCAUUGGAAUAUCCAAACCUGGCACUGAUUCAUUAAAAGCUGAACUACAUUGGAAGAGCCAGUUAGAACUGGUUCUAGUGUCCAAAAAAAAAAAUCUCUCUUUUUUAAUUACUGUGCCAUAUGAAGAUGUAUAUGAUCUACAAAAACUUCAAGUUUUUUAUUUCUUCUGCAUUUAUCUCAUGGGCUCUACUUUGGUUAACUUCUGGCCAAAUAGGCAUUUUGUAUUUCUUCAUCCAUGUUGUAGACACAGAUCUCCUGAUCCAACUCAUUUGUGCAAUAAUUUGAUUAUUUCUACUGUGCCUUUCAUAUGAAAAUGACACAUUUUUAAUGAAUGAACUGUGGAAUAAAUUUAAUGACCUGUAAUAAACUGUUUUUAAAUGAUG